GGUCCGUCCUUCCUACUUCCGCCUCAACUACAAGCCGAAAUGGCCCCAACCAAGAAAGGAGAGAAAAAGAAGGGGCGUUCAGCCAUCAACGAGGUGGUGACCAGAGAGUACACUAUCAAUGUCCACAAGCGCAUCCAUGGAAUUGGUUUCAAGAGAAGGGCUCCACGCGCCAUCAAGGAGAUCCGCAAGUUCGCCAUGAAGGAGAUGGGAACUCCUGAUGUCCGCAUUGACACUCGCCUCAACAAGGCAGUGUGGAGCAAGGGUGUCAGGAACGUGCCGUACAGGAUACGCGUACGGCUGUCCAGGAAGCGUAAUGAGGACGAGGACUCCCCCAACAAACUGUACACUCUGGUCACAUACGUUCCUGUCACCACAUGCAAAGGUCUGCAGACAGUCAAUGUUGAUGAAAACUAAAUUUGUCCCCUCUGCUAGUGGAAUAAAUUGAAAUAAAAGGA